CAGAAAUUCGUGAAUCAUUUUGCCUCAAUUUCGCGUCUCGAUCAGAAAUUCCGCCAUCUUGGAUACGAUUUAUUGGAAAAAUGUCCCUUGAUGGACAAACCCUACAACAAAUACAGGUGGAAAAUGUUAUGGAUUAUGCAUAUAUCAGCCAUGUGGGUGGACUUGAACAAUCAUUACAAGCAAUACAGGGUCUGCACAGUUUACAGUCACUUCCAGAUGGCACCACUGUUGCCUUUAUUGAUCCUUCACUAUUUGACUCUAGUCAAAUAUUUGACAGUGGACCCAUUGAAGUUCAUCAAACUCUGUCUGAUGGAAACAUCGAUCUUCAGCAAUGUCAUCAAGUUGUUUUGGAGCAACCUAUCAUGGAUCAGAUUAGUGUGCAACAGGCCAUGGAGCCUAUUGAUGUUAAACCACCCAUAGGAAAAGGUCCCUUUAACUGUAGUCUGUGUGGGAGAAUAUUUGCCAAAUGGAAUCAGCUUCAGAGGCACUUAAAGACUCAUGAUGAAGACAAGCCCUUUAGGUGUAACCAGUGCCCCAUGUCAUACAAUAUUGAGGACAACCUGCUGCUGCACCUGGCCACCCAUGUGGGACCAGACCGUGACCCAAUAUGCCCGGAGUGUGGGAAGAAGUUUUCACGCGUUGCCAGUUUAAAAGCUCAUAUAAUGUUGCAUGAAAAAGAAGAGAAUUUGAUGUGUCCUGAAUGUGGUGAUGAGUUUAGUGUUCAGCAUCAACUAGAUAAACACCUCCAGGAACACAGGCAAGAGAGUGAAGGGAUGAGGACCUACCAGUGUCGCCAGUGUAGCCAGGAGUACACUAAGAUGGCCUUGCUGAAGGAGCACAUGAAACUGCAUUACAGGGUCAAAUCUUCACUCCACCACAGAAAUUACAAGCGAAAUGUUGACAGAAGUGGGUUUACACACAAGUGUAAGACCUGUACCAAGACAUUUCAGAAACCCAGUCAGCUAGAACGUCAUGAGAGGAUACACACAGGUGAGCGGCCUUUUAAAUGCAACAUAUGUCCGAGAACAUUUAACCAAAAGGGAGCAUUGCAGAUGCACAUGACAAAACACACUGGAGCACGCCCGCAUAAAUGUGAAUUCUGUCCAAUGACAUUUGCACAGAAAGGAAACUUGCGUUCUCAUAUACAGAGAGUUCAUGAUAUCAACAAAGAAGAGCAUGGCAUGAUAUAUGAAUGUGAAGAGUGCAGCUGCAAAUUUCGAAGACUUGGCUCCCUAAAUGCUCACAUUAGCAGAGCCCAUGCUGACCAUGGGGAUUCCAACCAAACAACAGUGCAGGACAUCAAGAUGCCACUGCAUUCCCAUUCCUUACAACUGACAGAUAUGAAUGACUCAUCUAUGAUGCAGGAUGUGCUGGGGCUAGACCAUGGCAGCCUGACUGGGGCAUCUCUGGUUGAUGGCCAGGUCAUACACGGCUCUCUUGACCAGGGUGCCUCAGACAUUUUGCAGCAAGCCUUAGAAAACAGCGGUCUACAAAAUGCUGUGGAUGAUGACCAUGACACAGACAAAGAAAUGACCAAUUCUGUGAUGGUCACUGUGUCAUCUGGAGCCCCAACGUCCACCACCAAUACAGUCAAUCUUCGUGAAAGUCACGGCUUCCCUCGGCUUGGUACUAUGGCUGUGCAUGACUCAGCCACAGGGUUACUCAAGAGGCACUACAUACGGAAGGUCAAUGGGAUACGAUGGCACCAGUGUACCUAUUGUAGCAAAGAGUUCAAAAAGCCGAGUGACCUUGUGCGGCACAUUCGUAUUCACACCCACGAGAAGCCGUACAAAUGCACUCAGUGUUUCCGUGCCUUUGCUGUAAAGAGCACACUAACAGCACACAUCAAAACUCACACUGGGCUGAAAGAAUUUCGCUGUGAGGUCUGCAGCAAGAUGUUUUCUACACAAGGCAGUCUUAAAGUUCACCUGCGUCUUCACACUGGAGCCAAGCCAUUUCCUUGCAGUCAUUGUGAAAAGACAUUUCGUACAUCAGCCCACUGUAAGUCACACAUCCAGUCUCACUUCAAAGACCCAGAGAGUGCACCUAGACAAAGACGUCCCUUUAAGAGAGAGAGUCGGAAUGAUGCACUCCUUACAGAGAUAGCUCUGCAGGAACCUAUUCUAAUCACAGAUGCUGGUCUGAUCCAGCCGGCCCCCAGGAAUUCAAUGUUCCCCCAGUUUUCUAGUGAAACAGGAAACCCAGAACGUCCAUACAAAUGUCCACACUGCAGACGUGGCUUUAAGAAAUCCAGCCAUCUCAAACAACAUGUCCGUUCACAUACAGGAGAAAAACCAUACAGAUGUGGUAUCUGCCAGCGGUCAUUUGUGUCCAGUGGAGUGCUUAAAGCCCACUCCAGGACCCACUCUGGGGUUAAGACCCACAAGUGUUUGGUCUGUGAUGCCAUGUUCACCACUGGGGGUAGCCUGAAGAGACACAUGUCCACACACAGUGAUGUCCGCCCCUUCAUGUGCCCAUACUGCCAGAAGACAUUCAAGACAUCUGUCAACUGUAAAAAACACAUGAAAACACACAGGCACGAGUUGGCCAUGCAGCAUUACCAGACUGUGAAAGAAGGAGAUGGGACAGCAGGGUCAGGAGAGGUGGGAGAUGGGAGAGAGGAGGAUGAGACAGAGAUGACAGAGGAGGAUGGCAUGGCUGAACCCCAGGGGCUGACUGACCUGGAUGUCCUGCAGGAGCAGGACAUUGGCCAGACGGCAACGGUCAACCAGACAGACAUGCAGGUAUGGUGCACUGACAACAAGGUUGUGGAAUUGACUCAGCCUGACCUGCAGUCAGGUGGUGUCUCAGGAGAUGCUCUCUCACUCAACUCACGUCUGCAGUCAUUUGGACAGGAGUUGUUUGGCCACAACUUCACCCUGGUCAACCAGCAUCAGUUUGUCCAGUUGACUAGCCAGUCCAGCAGACAAGGGGAUGAAGAAAAACCCAACAGAGAUCAGAUGGAAGUUAAGGACGAGAGUUGGAAGUCUAACCACACAGGACAAACUGAUUUCUCCACCAGUUUUGGACAGCAACAGACUACUCUCCAGAUGCUGGAUGAGAUGUCCUCCAUCCAACAAAGCCAGCAGGAAGAUGAGCAAGAAGAGCAGCCUGUCAUAGAAGAUGAAGGUCUAGAGAUUGAACAAGACAUGUCCAAAGUUGCCGGGCGCAGGGGACUUCGCUGUAGCCUUUGUCAGAAAAUCUUCAAACGUGUGACCCACCUUAAUGCACACAUGAAGACAUGCACAUCUGUCAAGUCCUUCCAGUGUGCAGAGUGCACCAAAAGUUUUUCUACCGCUAGCCUGUUGAAGACCCACCAGCGCACCCAUUCAGCAAACAAGCCAGUGGAGACUUACACCUCAACAUUUGUUUCCCGCAGGAAUGCCCUGCAGCAUGGGUACAAGAAUGUCACACACACGUGCAGCACAUGCAACGAACAGUUCAGGAAUACAGCUGUGCUUAGGCGACACAUGAAAGACUGUCAAACCUCCUACCCUAUAUCCUUUACUGUGACCAAGAUGAAUGAUGAAAACCAGGCUCCACAAAAGCGCGGACCUCGCAGGAAAAGUGUCGUCCAGCAGCAGUUUUCUGAAGAACAGGUGUCCAUUUCAGAAAAAAUACUGAUGGAAUCUGCAUCAGAGAAAGACCGUAUUAGUAUGCCAAAAGAUGUACAGAACCAAACAUUUCGCCAUGGCCGUUUUGCCAACAUGUGUUCCCAUUGUCCCAAAAGUUUUAAAAAGCCAAGUGAUCUCCAGCGCCACCUGAGGAUACACACGGGGGAGAAGCCAUUUAUUUGUGACAUCUGUCACAGAUCUUUUACUGUCAAGUCAACCCUGGACUCGCACAUGAAAACACAUAAAACUGUUGAGAAAUCCUUUUUGUGCCAUGUGUGCAACUCCAUGUUUUCCACCAAAGGCAGUCUUAAGGUUCACAUGCGUCUGCAUACCGGAGCUAAACCUUUCAAGUGUACUCACUGUGACCUCAAGUUCAGAACAUCAGGCCACAGAAAAAGUCACAUGAUCUCUCAUCUCAGACCUGAAGGCUCAAACAAGAAGAAAUCCCCCAAAGUCACAGGUCAGCCCUUGAUUGCAUCAUCACAGAACAACACUGUCCAGCAGCCUUUGUUUAUCCUCACCCGCCCUCAACAGAAUCAAUCUGGCCAGGUUGUUGACCAAUCAAUGGCCAAUCAGGUCAUCAGUGUUGACCAGUCAUUGCUGCAGAAUGCAACCAUGAUGCCAGUCCAGCUGUCAGUGACAGAUGGCAUGUCAGAUGGCACCUCAAUGCCGACACAGGUACUCCAAGGCUUGGAUGGAUCCUUCCAGUUUCACAUCACCGCACCACUCUCACAGUUGAACCAGGGCUUCCAGCUGACCAGUCUUGACCAUAAUUUACUGCAGCAGGCGGUCCAGAUUGACGCCAGUGUUCUACAGCAGCUACAACAGAACGGUUUUAUCGCCAUCAACCCCAGUGGCAUCCAGCCGACCCUGACAGCUGACCUGUCCCAGGUGGGGUCAGACAUCACCCACGGGGUCGUGAUGAGCCAGCAAGGGCUGCAAGAACAUGAAGUGUCUCAUGGCAAUGAACUGAUGGGACAGACUAUUGUGGUCUCCGAGGCGCUCAUGGCCCAGAUCAGAAACUCAGAGGCCCUGAUGGUGCAGACUGUUCAAGGGGGGACAACCUCUGUUUCACAGCAGGACACCAAACCUGUGCAGAUCCACUCUAUUGGCAAGAUGAUGGGAUCUCACAGCAUGUCUGACGCCUUACUUAGCCAGCAGUCUGGCAGGCUGCAUAUAACAGAUUCCCUGAUUGGUCAGUCAGUCCAUUCAUCACAAGACAGUUACCUCCCCCAGGGCACUGUGCAUGUGUCAGACGCUGUGGUUGGCCAGGACAGGCUGAUGAGUGUCCCUGAGGCUCUGUUGGGGAGACAGAUAACAUACAGUGAUGGGGUCAUAACCACUGCAGGGGAGCACACUCUUAUCCAAGGAAUACAGCUUCAGUCUGGUUCUAUGGGGGAUACAGUCCACCCUGUCAUCGUCCAGUCAAUAUCUGCCCUACAAGGACAUCAGCAGGGGAAUCCCCAGGCUCUCAACCUGGGCAACACAACGUUUGUCACCAGUGAUGGCCAGAGGUUGACUGUGCAAGCGGUCAAUGUCCACCCACAGGGAUCUGUGCAAGAUCUGAGUUUGAUGGACGAAGAUGAUCAGAAAUUUAGCCUGCCAGAGGACACAAGGAUGGUCAACAUUGCUCAGCUGGAUCAGAACCCAAGCAUGGGUCACCAUGGCAACGCUCUGGAUGAUGAAGAGGAAGAAGAUGAUGAUGAAGAUGUAGAUAACAAUACACUUGUACCCAAAUCUGAGGCUGAGUCUCAACAAGAAGACACAGAAAGACAACAUAUCUGUGGUUAUUGCCACAGAGGUUUCAAGAGAGCUGCCCACCUUAAAGAACACAUCAACACCCAUGUAUCUGGGCCAGUGCAGAAGAAACCCAAGGCCACGCCACACAAGUGUCACGUCUGUGACAAGGCUUUCCAGAAGCCCAGUCAGGUGGAGAGGCAUAUGCGAAUACACACAGGAGAGCGGCCAUACUUGUGUCACAUCUGCAGUAAAGCUUUCAACCAGAAAAAUGCCCUGCAGGUUCACCUGAGGAAACACAGUGGGGAAAAACCUCACUUGUGUCCAUACUGCCCUUCUUCAUUUGUCCAGAGUGGAAACCUGAAGACCCACAUCAAGAGGGCUCACCAUGCUGACAUGGUCAGUUCUAUGAACAUACCCAGGGCUGCAGGAGAACCUGGACAGGCUGGUCAAGAUGUUGGAGGACAUCCUGUGUUAGACGAGGGUCAAGGGGGAUUGGGAGGGGAGGCUAAUGGUGCAGGUGUCGUUGGCAUGGAGCAUGUGGGGAUGGAUUUAGCAGAGGAUGACCUCUUUGUCCAGUAGUUCCCUACAUAUGUUGACAUCACUUUAUCCACUAGUUCCCUACAUAUGUUGACAUCACUUUGUCCAGUAGUUCCCUACAUAUGUUGACAUCACUUUGUCCACUAGUUCCCUACACAUGUUGACACCUCUUUGUCCAGUAGUUCCCUGUAGAAUCACACUGUCCAGUAAUGCUCCAUCCAAGAUGACACUAAAAUUGCAUAGUCCUUUACUGUUUAUUUGUUUAAAGGUUAAAGAGUUUAAAGGUCAUGUUAAAUAAUGUGUUUCAAAUUUAUAUUUUCCUCUAUAGUUAUUUUAAGAAACAGUUUAAGUAAUUAUUCUUGCCCUUCUUCUCUGUACCGGUAAUAUUUGUCCAUGGUAAUGAAAUGAGAAAGUCUUUGAAUACUUAAAAAUUUAAUGGCCCUAGAACACAUGAUUUUAAGGGCCAUGAAACAGUAUUUUAAAACAUGUAAACUGGAUACAUUCCUUGAAACAUGUUUCUUAAACCAAACAAGAUCAGGAGUGUGUUUAACAUGUUUCUGUGUAUUUGACUCGUGUUUGUUACGUGUAAAUAAUUUUAUACAUAAUGUACAAAAUCUGUAAAACUUUAAAAAUUAAAUUCUGUAAUGUUAUAUAUAAAUAUAUUUAUUUGAACUCGCAAAGUUUGAUAUGGUUGUUUUCUAAAAUAUAUUUUUAAUGACCAAAACUUGUAGCAGUGCUAAAGUUAAAGUGAUAAAUAUUUCCUGUUGUUUUAUUUCUACCCCACAAGCUAGUUAAAGCAGUAUUCACCAAGUUCAACUCUAUUGGAAGGACAUUUUGGUUUAAUGUUCACUAUUGAUGUAACAUAACUAAGCUUGUGUACAUUUUAAAAUUGUCGGUAAAACUCCUGUCAGUAAUACAUAACCUGUUGACUGCAUUUUUCUCUUCAACAGAAAAUGUUCAGUAAAUUUAUUUCUGUAAUGUGUACAAAUUACUAACAGAUAAUGUAUAUAAAUAUAUUUAUAUAAAAGGCAUGAGUGUACAACAUUUGUACACAUUUGAUCUCUUUAUUUGUACAGGAGUAAUUUCUGAAAGUAAAUUAUUUCCCAUGUUUUUGAGUCUUGUUUUGUAUUCACUACUUUAAAUUAUUAUUUUAACAACACAAGCCUCCACAGCUAGACUGAGACAACAAAAUUCUAUAUCAGAUAGAAUUGUUUAUUUUAUGUUUUAUUACAGCAUGAAAUUUGUUUGCACUUAAAGAAGUCAACACACAACAUCCUAAUCAAAUAUCAAAUAGUAAAAAAAAAAUGACCAAGUAAAUU